UCGCUUCCUCCAUUCAUAGACCAAGUCCUGCCUCCAUUCCCCGGUCCUGCCCCCCUCUCCCUGGAGCUUCAGCCAUUCGCUCGUCCGCGCUCCGGCAGCCGCUCACUCCUCCUCCCUGGAAACCGGGAGAUGCGGCGAUCCGUCCGUCCGCGCGCCAGCGCACCAGUGCGAUGAGAGCGGGAGCGCGCAACGGACACACGCCCGGCUCUUACUUGAAGGAAAGUGCGUCCCGAACACAGGGACUGGAGAGAAGGUCAAGGUGCGUCGCAAAGAUCAGUCUUACUCUGUAUUGACCAAAGAGCUGGUAGGAUCCCCAGCGAAGGCACGGUUGGCGUGAAGGGGGGUCAUCAUGGGAAACUAUGCCAGCAAGGAUGGGCACACGCCUGCAGCAGGUACGCAUACGGACAAGUUCCACACUCCUCCAUCAUCCCCAGUUGGCCCCAGUGUCCCUGGGACGUGCCAAGUCUCAGCCUCCACUCAGGGCCAUCAAGAUGGGGUGCCACCAGGGGACGCCAGGGUUGGGCGCCGAGACGGUACCAUUCUCAGCCGCAAGCCUUCACAAACCAAAGUCCAGGAGAGCAUCCUUACUGGCUCCACGGGUAAGGAGUCCGAUAGCAGGGGUCCUCCGGAAAGUGGAGGGACCAACCUGGACAGAACAAGCAAAAUCCCCAUCGUCCAGGAGACAUGCUCUCCCCCCACUUGCCCAUCUGAGAGGACAUGGCUGGAGAAGGACAGUGGGCUGGACCAGUCCCUGGUGGAGGUGAGCACAGCGGGACAAGAGCCCAUAGAUGAGGAGGCCCUUCCUUCUCUGGAGACCCUGCUGGAGGCGUACCGGGCAACUCUGGCGUUGAGCUCUGAACAUGAUGGUCCUUGGAGCCCAGCAGACCUGGUGCGACGUCUUCUGGAGGAACGAGAAAAGCUGGCGGCCGAAGUGCAGGGUCUGCAAGCUGUUAUGAAGGCCGAGCGAGACGAGUGGCUGCAGUUCCAGUCGGACCUGCAGGUGGCGGUGGCGGUCGCCGACAGGCUGCGCGUGGAGGCGGAGGAGGAGCUGAGCGCCCUUCGGGAAGCCCACCGGGACGCGGAGCAGCGGCUGGCCGCGGCGCUGCAGAGGCAGGAGGAGACGGACGGCGAGCUGGAGGCCCUGAGGACCAGGCUCCAGGAGGCCUGUCGCAAGCUCUGCUCCCUGGAGGAGGAGGAGCAGCAGCGGAGGGACUCCAGUCGGGUCAGCGACGAGGCUGGGGCCACGAAGAGGAGCGGCGACACUGGCGCGCACGCAACAGGUGGAGGACAUGGAGGAAGGGAACGAUGCGAGGGGACGGACAGGGGGCGUGUCCCAGUGAAGAGGAGCAGGGGGGAGGAGCCUAUCGCCAAGGAACGGGCUCGCGAGGGCCGGGGCGUGGCAGAGGGAUACCUGCGCAGCGUGGCCGCCGAGGAGAAGAAGAAGGAGGAUAGCUGGGCUGGGAGGGAGUUGCGCAAAGUACCCACAGUCUCUGAGAGAUCCAGGAGCCUUUCCAGACUUCCUGUCUCUUCGGAUGCCCCUCUGGCAGUGAACGGCACCUCCCAGCUUCCGGCCCCAGCAACAGGGUCUCUCGUCAAGAAGCAGCAGACGGGCAAACAGAGGCAGGUGGACGCAACCCUGGAGCAGCGGGACAGCCGGUCCGGCACAGGUAGACAGGAAGAGAUCGGUGCCCCCCCUCCGCAGGGCACCUCCACCACAGACACCCCCCCCACAAUAAGUGGUAAAAUCUGGCCGCAGGACGGCUUCAGCAGGCUGCUGCGCCGACAUGGCGGCUCUAAACGGAACUCCCUGCUGCGGUGGUGUCAGAGCCGCACCCAGGGGUACAAGAACAUUGACAUCACCAACUUCAGCAGCAGCUGGGCGGAUGGACUGGCCUUCUGUGCCGUGUACCACACCUACCUCCCCUCACACAUCCCUUUCUCCAGCCUGAGCCCGGAGAGGAAGAGAGAGAAUCUGGAGCUGUCCUUCCGUACGGGGGAGAGUGUGGGAAUCCCAGCCUCGCUGACGGUGGAAGAGAUGCUGAAGGCGGACGGCCCCGACUGGCAGCGGGUUCUGGGAUACGUGGAGAGCAUUUACCGCCACUUUGAAAUGUGAUGCCUUUCAAGUCACCGGAUGUGAAGCCAUCGCAAGGUCCGUAUUUUCCUACGUACAUUCCGAACGAGCGCUGACCCAACUAGCGCGUUGUAAUUGGGGGGAGCAAACAAAUACCGUACCACCUGGACGCUGUAUAGAUGGGCAGUGCAGGUGCCAAGAUGCCCCCUAGUGGCUGGAAGGAGGAAGGACAGUAUCUGCCACCCAGCGCUUUAGGACAGCUGCUGUAAGGAAGAGCCAACAACAUGACAAACCCCAGUAUGGGAGGGGUUCAAAGGACAGCCUGUUUGCUGCCUACCAGAGAUGGGCUGUAAGAGGUCGGGAUCCUCGAACAUCUACACGUCACUAUUUGCAUAGCAUGAGCCAGUGUGGCAUAAUCUAGUUAAUACGCUGUGUAAUUUGAAUACAGACCACACAGACACUGAUUCGGCGCCCGUACCUGUGCAAGGGGUACAAUAAGUGUUCCAGCUCAAAUGUAAAGUGUUGCCUUCAGUUUUAGGCGCCAGAUAAUCAGAAAAUGAGUAGCAGUUGGGGGGGGGGGGAAUAUGACAUGAGAUUUGAUUGUUUCAUAUGAGGUCUAUUCCUGCCAUCCUUCUCUUCUCACUUCUUCUAGGUGGACGAAUGUUUUUAUAACAAUUUCAAAUGAAGCCUCACUAUGCAAAACAAAUGGAGAACUGAGCGUUUCCUGUUUUUAUUUCUAAUUUUUUUUUUCACCCCCCCCCCCGGGAGGUGGUACGGCUCAUUCUUGCUCUUGAUCGUGGUCAAGGUUUGUCCUCCUUGACACUGUCACAGGCCACCUUCCUCGAACCUCCUUUCCUUAUUCGUGGAGCACUCUGUAAAUUUGCAGUUUUACCUGCACUUUGGAUAACUGCUCUUCUGAGGACAAGAAGUUUGCGGGUGACGUAUAAUAGCAGGACGUAUCUGGGUUCAAGAACUGAACUGUGCCGGGAGUUCUGUGUAGCCAGAUUUGAGUUUUUUUUUUUUCCUUUUCUUUUCUUUUUAAAGUAAUAUAUUUUGCAAGAGAAUGUGGGGAGAAAGCCCUGAAGAAGCAGCUGACAGGCUCCGGACAUCCAGGCCCCGUGUCCAUCAUCACACUAGACACCCAUGACUCAGGCUGAUUCUUGACGAUCUGUUGACAAAGGGGGUUCCGUUUAUCAUUUUAUUUGUCCAUGAAAUUCCAGUGUGGAAUCUGUGACAAAACCCUUACUGUAAAAAUAAAGUUUUUUUUGGUUUUCUUGGA